AGUCUUUGGAAGAAAGCACAGGAUAUUCAGGCACAUAAUGUGACCCCUCACUUAUUGUCACGUGGGGGUUAUCGAAAGCUUGAACAAACCAUGAUGAUUGAGAAAGAGAAAACACGAUAUGUCUCUUCAUCAUAUGCUUUAAGUCUUGACCCACCAUCUCCACCUUCAUGUCAUGAGAAGUGGAAGCAGACUCGAUGUCGCCGCCUCCCGAAAAGGGGCGGUCGGAGCGACGCGAUG